AAAUGUCUUCAUUUUGUAAUGGCGACACUGUCCUUGAGUUUAUUCAGUGAGCUCGGAUUCGAUUGCUGUUUGAUUGUUGUUUUCAUCAUUUGUAUUUUGCGGAUGAACAGAAACUGAUUUUUUUUAAAUACGUAAUUAAACUAAUUAGUAUCUUAAAUUAAAAUGGCAAUCAAAUUAAGCGCGAAUACUUCGCCGUCAGUUGAAUUAAGCUCUUACCGUGAUCAACAUUUUAAGGGUACAAGGGCUGAACAAGAUAAACUUUUAAGGAAUUCUUCUACUUUGUAUGUGGGCAAUCUAUCCUUUUAUACUACCGAAGAACAAAUAUAUGAAUUAUUUUCUAAAUGCGGUGACAUCAGACGCAUUAUUAUGGGUCUUGAUAAAUAUAAAAAGACACCAUGUGGUUUUUGUUUUGUCGAGUAUUAUCAAAGAGUCGAUGCUGAGAAUUGUAUGAGAUAUAUUAAUGGUACUCGUUUAGACGACAGAAUUAUUAGAACUGACUGGGACGCUGGCUUUAUCGAAGGUAGACAGUAUGGUCGUGGCAAAACUGGAGGACAAGUGAGGGAUGAAUAUCGAUCAGACUUUGAUAGUGGACGGGGUGGUUAUGGUAAAAUAAUACAACAGAAAGUAACAUCUCUCUCGGAUGGUGGAUUUGGACGAUAAAACUUUUAAAUGUAUGAAUGGCCGUAUAUAUGCGAGUGUCUGACUCAUUCUUCAUGAAUUAUUUAUAUAUGAUUAAAAUAAUUAAUUCUAAGUGUAAAUACAAAGUUUAAGAUAGUAUACUAAGUAGCGUUAAAGAUAGAGGUGAUGAUUUGUACAUGUAUUCAAAAACUUCAACAAACAUUUUGUGUCAUAAUAUUUAAAUCAAGAAAAAA